UCUGGCUGAGAAAUCAAGGUGGGCUUGCUUGUGGACUUGGGAGUUUGGAGGAUAGAGAAAAGGGAACGGAAAUGGUGAAAUUCUUUAUAGCCACAACAAGCUAAGCCCAACCCUCACCUUCCCCUCCCUAGUCCCUCCCUCUCCCCCACAAAUCCCACCAAACUUUGCUAUUAGGCGAAAUCGCAAUCGAAAUCUAAAUCUAAAGACUAAAUCACAUGGCCCAUUCAAUUCCGUAAUAAAUAAAUAAAUAAGUUAUAAGAAGAGGAGGAGGAGGAGGAGCGAGCCCUAGUCCUAACUCGGGGGGUGGGGGGGACCGGUUCGACUCGGCCGAAACGACUCACUCUCUUGCUCUCUCCGUUUUGCCAUGCGACUUUGGUUUGCUGCUGCGACCGCCCUCUUCACAGAGGACUCCAUAUCUGUCUCCUCCUCCGCUCAAGCUCAAGCUCAAGCUCAAGCUCAAGCUCCAGCUCAAAGUCAAAGACAAAGUCAAAUCUCAUCCCUCGAUUCUCGCCCAAGAAGAUUCCGCCAUGUCUGCGGAUUCUCGCCUCCCUAGUCCCAGAGGCCUCCUCUGCAAUGCUGGCGCCGGCGCCGCUGCCGGGACCAUUGCAGCUACAUUUGUGUGUCCUUUAGAUGUUAUAAAGACUAGGCUUCAGGUUCAUGGGCGGCCACAGCUCGGGAAUGGAACUGUUAAAGGUAGUCUUAUAGUAGGUAGUUUGGAACAUAUAUUUAAAAAGGAGGGGUUGCGAGGCAUGUAUCGCGGGCUCUCCCCGACUGUGAUUGCAUUACUUCCCAACUGGGCGGUUUAUUUUACAAUAUAUGAGCAGCUAAAAAGCAUUCUUUGUUCUGAUGAUGAGAAUCAUCAUCUUUCAAUUGGUGCUAAUGUGUUAGCUGCUUCUGGUGCUGGAGCUGCAACAACCAUUGCUACAAAUCCUCUUUGGGUUGUAAAGACAAGACUUCAAACUCAAGGAAUGAGACCAGGUGUAGUUCCAUAUAGGAGUACAUUGUCUGCUUUGAGGAGAAUAGCUCAUGAGGAGGGCAUUCGUGGGUUGUACAGUGGUCUUGUGCCUGCUUUGGCUGGUAUCAGUCAUGUUGCAAUACAAUUCCCAACAUAUGAGAAAAUAAAAAUGUACUUAGCCAAUCGAGAUAAUACUACAAUGGAUAAACUACCUGCACGUGAUGUUGCUGUUGCCUCAUCGGUCUCGAAAAUAUUUGCAUCCACAUUGACAUAUCCACAUGAGGUGGUACGCUCUAGGCUUCAAGAACAAGGCCACCACUCUGAGAAGCGGUAUUCUGGUGUAACUGAUUGUGUCAAGAAAGUAUUCCAGCAAGAAGGCCUCGCUGGGUUUUACCGUGGAUGUGCUACCAACCUUCUGAGGACUACCCCAGCUGCUGUAAUCACAUUCACCAGCUUUGAGAUGAUUCACCGGUUUCUUGUUAAUGUUUUCCCUCCUGAUCCACACCCUCACACAUUGUAAGGAUGGAUCAUAUUGAAUUGAGGAUGUAGAGAAGAAACUUGCAUUCCUACGGGCACUACCCAACAGCCAACAUUUAGUCACAUUGUUGAUGCCAAAUUGUUUGUGUAUUUUAAUUGAUUUUGGUUGUUUUGAGCAACAUUUAAGGAUGUUGCAGUCCUUUUUCCCUUAUCGAACUUCUACGACAUCAUGUCUUCUGAGGGGAAAGAACAGGGUUGUGUUAUGACAGUGAUAAUGAUGAUAAAUUGUUACAAUUUAGUUCAGGACAAUACAUUUUUUCUCUGGGGACUGCUAAAUUAUCAGAAUUUAUUUUCCAUAAA